CCAUUCAAACUCAUCUCACAAACCCAAAAGAAAUUUCUUUCUCCAUUUCUUCUUUUAGUCAUCCCAACAACCACAAAAAAAAAAAAAAAAAAAUCUAAAUCACAACCAAACCAAAAAGAAAAAAACAAGAAGAAAUGGCCUCUUCAAUGAGAUCAUCUUUGAUCCUUUUCUUUACAUGCUCCCUCUUCCUCCAGGCUGCUUUUGCAGAAUAUAAAGUGGAGGUCAAAUGUGAGAGUUUACCAAAUGGUGAUUGUGCAUUCGCAAUUUCAUCAUCUGGAAAGAGGUGUAUAUUGGAGAAAGCCACACCAGAGGAUGGAGUAAUUAGUGAGUACACAUGUAAAACAUCAGAGGUGAUUGUUGCAAACAUGAGGGAACAUAUUGAGUCAGAUGAAUGUAUGGAUGCCUGUGGUGCUAACAGAAACUUUAUUGGAAUUUCUUCUGAUGAUUUGCUUGAGCCUCAAUUUGUCUCCAAACUUUGCUCUCCUUCUUGUUACAGGGAAUGCCCCAAUAUUGUUGACCUUUACUUUAACUUGGCUGCUGGUGAAGGAACAUACUUGUCAGAGCUAUGCAACAAUCAGAAGAAGUUGCAAAGUAGUGGUGCUGCUGAAGAUGAUGCUGAUGCUCCUGCUCCAUCUCCUUCUUUCUAAAUUGUUUUUUGCACCUUUUUUUUUUUUUAAAUAUGAAUAUAUUUUUUUACAAACAACUUUAUUGUUGUUUGUGAAGAGUUUGUAUUCAAUGUUUAAUUCCUUGGGUUUCCGAGAUUUCUCUCUAAGAUAUUCUUAUUUUUGUACCAAUUUUUUUUACUGAAAAUUGGAUAUAGAUUCUUCUUCUUUUA